AUGAGACCAAACUGGCAACCAUCACGAGACUACCGCAGUCGCCCUGUAGCCAUUCUCGGCGCUGGCGUACUCGGCCGUCGAGUAGGAUGUAUCUGGGCAUCUGCUGGCUACGACGUCCGAAUCCGAGACCCCAGUCAGCAACAGCGAGCGGACGGGAUCGAAUACAUUCAAGAAAAUGUGCAAGCAUACUGCGCGAAAACCGGAAAGGUCCCCGGGUCCUUUGAAGCCUUUGAAGAUAUGAAAGAUGCGGUUUCGAACGCCUGGCUUGUCAUUGAGGCUGUCCCCGAGAAGAUUGGACUCAAGAUCGCCACAUUUGCAGAGUUGGAGGCUCUUGCUCCGGAGGACUGCAUCCUCGCCUCCAAUUCAUCCUCAUACAAAUCCUCAGAGAUGAUCAGCAACGUGUCUGAUGCGACUAAAAGGCGCAUUCUGAACAUGCAUUAUUAUAUGCCACCUCAGUGUAUGAUUGUUGAGCUGAUGACUGAUGGAUACACGUCUCCUGAAAUAUUCCCUUUCAUGGUUGAACGAUCAAAGGAAGCUGCUACAAUUCCUUACGUUGCCAGGAAGGAGUCCACCGGAUUUAUCUUCAACCGCCUGUGGGCUGCCGUGAAACGAGAGGUCUUGACGAUUCUCGCCGAGGGUGUUUCGGUUCCUGAAGAGAUCGACGCUAUGUGGCUUGAGAUGUUUGUCAAAGGAGCUUCUCUUCCCUGCAAAAUGAUGGACAAUGUUGGUCUGGACACCGUUGCUUUCAUUGAGAGUCAUUACGUGCAUGAACGUGGACUGUCCGGGGAAAAGACAGUUGACUUUUUGCAAAAAAAUUAUCUGGACCAUGGCAAAUUGGGAAACAAGUCUUCGCAUGGUGGUCUCUAUGCUCCUCGUGAUGCAUCAAGUGCUACCAACGUCAACCCAAGAGAACCCGAGAUUUUGGUUCUGGAUGUCGGGCUGUCAGCUGCCACGCCUAGCAUGGCAUCCGGAGAAAUUCUCAAGGUUUCCGCAGAUGGAAAGCACAAAGAGACAAUCUUAAAAGCCCAAUCCUUGCCUGACGGAUUGGCCGUGGACCAAACAUCUGGCCGCAUGUUCUGGACUUGUAUGGGGGUUCCAGGAAAGUCCGAUGGAGCAGUGUACUCUGCCAGGGUUGAUGGAACUGACAUCAUGACAAUUGUUGCUCCAGGUGUUGUGAACACCCCAAAACAACUUGCCAUCGAUUCCGUGGCGCAAAUGGUUUAUUUCUGUGACCGCGAAGGAUGCCGAGUUUACCGCUGUGCGUUCGAUGGCUCCAACUUGGAAGUUUUGGUCGAUAACAUUGCCCAUGAUCUUGCCUCCGAAGAAAGCGUCAUGGACUGGUGCGUGGGAGUUGCUGUCAGCCCCCCUCUCGGUAAAUUCUAUUGGACUCAAAAAGGGCCAUCGAAGGGUGGCAAAGGCCGCAUAUUCUGUGCCGAUAUUACAACACCUAAUGGCAAGUCGGCAGAUGCUCAUUGCAUUCUGAGUGACCUCCCUGAACCGAUUGAUCUUGAGGUCGAUGAGACUUCUCGAACGCUUUACUGGACUGAUCGCGGAGAAAUCCCCUGGGGUAACUCGCUCAACAGAAUUGGAUUGGAUGAAACCGGCCUUCCUCUGCCGACUGACUCUCCUCGAAAAUAUGAAACUAUCACCAGAGGACUCAAUGAAGCGAUCGGGUUAAAGUUGGACUCCAUCAAUUCUCAGAUCUAUCUCACCGAUUUGGGAGGAAGUAUCUACCGGUGCGAUUUGGAUGGCAAACAUAAAGAGACGGUUUACUCGGAGGAUCACCGGGCGUUGACAGGAAUUGCUCUUCUGUAA